ACGAAUCAAUAUUUGUUCAUCAGCGCAGCCUUACACUUUGCAGAAACCAAACCAUCGGUUAUAAUCGGAUCUGCAUUCUGCGCUACAGUUAUAUCAGGCAGUAUAAUGAACACUGUUAAAGGUUUCGGUAAAGCGCUCGUCAUCAUUACUGGCGCGUCACGAGGUUUCGGUCGGGCUCUGGCUCUGGAGAUCGCGGGUCGUGUGGAUGCCGGUUCGGUUCUGAUUCUGGCCGCCCGAUCAGAGGACCGACUGCAGGAGCUACAGACUCAUCUGUCCCGCGACGCGUCACAACUGACGGUGCGCUGUGUUUCUGCGGAUUUAGCGCGUAAAGAAGAUAUAGAGCGCGUUCUUACUGAGGUCAAGGAGACGCAACGCGCGGAUAUUGAUCAUCUGCUGCUCUUCAAUAAUGCAGGGUCUCUGGGCGAUGUGUCCCGUUAUUGUCGUGAUUUCACGGAUGUGGAUGAAGUGGACUCAUUUCUCUCCUUUAACGUCAGUUCUGCGCUCUGUUUUACCGCUGGAGUUCUGAACGCCGUUCCGCGGCGCGCCGGUUUGACGCGCGUCAUCGUUAACAUCAGCUCUCUGUGUGCGAUCAAACCGUUUGCCUCGUGGGUUCUGUACUGCACCGGUAAAGCUGCUCGUGAGAUGAUGUUUCGUGUGCUGGCUGAAGAAGAAGCGGAUCUACGAGUCCUCAGCUACGCACCCGGUCCUCUGGACACAGACAUGCAGCUGCAGGCGAGGACCAUCAGUGCAGAUAGCGGCAUAAGGAGCGCAUGCAACAAUCUGCAUGCUCAGGGUCAACUGCUUACCUGUGAAGUGUCUGUCAAUAAACUCAUGAAGGUUCUGAGCGAGGGGAACUUCACGUCUGGAGCUCAUCUGGACUUCUAUGAUUUAUAAAAGCAUUUGCUUGACAAUUGUGCCUUGACUUUAAUUACGUUUUAUUUUUUUAUAUAUUAGGGACCAGUAAUGUUAUCAGAAAUGUCUGAUCAAAUCUUUCCUCUAAUUUCCGUUAUAUAUAUUUUUUAUGUCAGAAGAUCCAAGCCAGUAUAUGCGAGACACUUAGACACAUCAGCUGUGCUGUUUAUUUUGUUUUAAAUGUUUUUAUAAUAAUCCUCCAUUUAUAUAUAUUGUACAAUUUUUCUUAAGAGGCAUUUUCUGUAUUCUGUUGAUCAUUAGGACAUUAAUGUAUUUGUUUGUCUGCAGAUGGAAGAAUUUAUUAAAGAACUGGAGUUUAAAGGGCA